UACUGGCGCUGAACCGAGAGCGGGAACGGCGCACGUGGUCACGGCGACACUGUACAACCCAGGGGGAAUUAACUCUACCGUAACACUCAACGAGAGAGAACGAAUACACACAAAUACCAUGAAAGUCACGUUAUCCAGAGCGGUGGUAAAUCCAUAUGCUGUGGACUGUAUGGUGGUAGAAGUCAAGGACACCAAGUAUGAGGACUAUCGCAAAGACCCCUCACUUCCGGAAAACUGUUACCGUGGUAAAUGCAGUCACGAACACGUUGACAUCUGGUGUCCCAAACAGAUCUCGAUAGCUGUGGUAGAAACCGACUUUUCUAAUAUGAGACUACUAAACUUUACGUACGACGACUGGCUGGAGCCCGGGACACGCACACGAUGGACGAAAGGUUCUGGCUCUUGUAACGAAACAAUCGACUGUAGGCAGGUGACAGUUCACGGCCAGUGCAGUGGAAACACGUACCGGAGGCUUAUCUGCCCCUGGCGCUGCUACCAUUGCCCAGAUGUCCCUGAAAUCCCCAUACUGACAAUAGAAGAAACAAUACCGGCGCCACCUGUCACUGAUGCACCAUUUAAUAACACACUAAUGGAAAACCUCACAACUAGUGCCGCGGAAACAGUCCGGAUACCAUUUAAAAAACUUACUGGGGAAGCGCACAUAACAGCCAUAGUCUGCAUUGGGUCCGUCUUGUUGGGGUGCACCCUAGCGGGCGGGCUAAUGUGGAUAUGUUUAAGCAGAGAGCGCAAGCGCGAUGAAUUGGCGAAAUCUGUUUCUGUGGAAAGAUCCUCAGCAGUCACAACUGUCCUUACCCCACGUGAUCAAGCAUGUUUUGCGGCGUUCGAUAUUGGGAACAGUUCUCAGAACGAUGACAGCGUCUCUUGUGAGACAGUCAACGAUCCUCAGGGUGAUCGCAUUUCGGGAAAGGGAGCUGGCGACGUCGAAACUGGGGCUGUCAUUGCAGACGACGAACAAGACAGGCCGGUGCCGGAUCCCAAGAUGAGCCCUAAUGGUUCAAGUGGCGAAAAUUCCUACGCCUCUUUGUUUGUAAUAACGGAUGGCCUGAUAACACAGCGGCGCUGCGAAUCAGCGAAUUCUGGAUCUGCGGAACAACCGUCGACCAUGGAAUCAGCGUUCAGUCCCUAUGAAGAGGCGUGUUUUGCUGGGUCUGGUAUCGAAAACGGUGCCAAAAUCGCCAACGACGUCCAUCGGGACGCAUUUGACGAUGCUCGGAAUUGUUGUGCUUUUAGAGAGGAGCGACCUCAGUCGGAGCCGGAACCUGACAAUGAGGCUAACGUGGCAGACGACGACCAAGACAGACCCGUUCCAGAUCCCAAGAUGAGCCCUAGUGGAUCAAGUGACGAAAAUUUCUACGCCUGUUUGUCUGUGAUAACGGACGGCCUUAUAACACAGCGGCACUGCGAAUCAGCGAAUUCCGGAUCUGAGAAACAACCGUCGACAGCAAUGAGACCUGGUGAGGACUGUUUUGAAAACGGCCCCCAAAUCACCGACGAGAUCCAACAGGAGACAUUUGGCGGUUCUCAAGGUUACUGUGCUUUGGGAGAAAAGCGAUCUCUGUCAGAACCGGAAACCGCCGAAGACAUCGACAAUAAGGCUGACGUCAUAGACGACGACCAAGACAGGCCCGUGCCGGAGCGCAAGCUAAGUUCUAGUGGUUCAAGUGGCGAAAGUCCUUACGCUUGUUUCUCAAUAAUACCAGACGGCAUUCAAACUCCACCGUCAUAA